AUUCAGCUAGAUUAUCACUAUAAAUGUAUUAUGACAGCAUAGAGAAAGUUUUUCUAGACGUAAGUUUGGAUUUUGAAUUAUAGUAAAGUCUGAAAAUGUGUUAAUCAGACUUGUGUGUGCUGUAAAAAAAAGGCUGCAAAAUUAUUGAGUUGGAAUAGAUGGAAGAAAUACAUUCUCAGUCGGAUCAUUACAGAUCCUCAUCAUCUUCGGCUAGCAGUCCCGCAAGUAGGGUGCCUUCGAGCAAUUUCUUCUACUUAAGAAAACCGGGUGCGCUUAGACAGCCCAUUUCAUUUGAGGAUUCACCGGACUGGGAUGAUACGGAUAUCGAGGUUAAGGUGGAGGAAGGAGGAGGUGACUCCAUUAAUGCUGCAACUACUCCAGCCUCCCCUUCUCUCUCAAAGAUCAAUAGUGGGUCACUGCCAUCCCCACCAUUGCCAGAAGGUGCUGUUGUUGCAAGAAAGAUCGCAGGCGCGUCGGUUGCGUGGAAGGAUUUGACCAUUACCAUAAAGGGAAAACGGAAAUAUUCGGACAAGGUUGUUAAGAGUUCCAAUGGUUACGCAUUGCCGGGAACAAUGACAGUGAUUAUGGGCCCUGCCAAGUCGGGGAAAUCAACACUCUUGAGAGCACUUGCAGGAAGGUUGCCUGAUUCAGCAAGAAUGUACGGCGAGGUACAUAUCAAUGGGGUAAAAUCGCACAUGCCAUAUGGAUCAUAUUAUUACGUACUUGACAAACUGCAGACUAGAGUUGCAGCAAUUUUUGUAUUCAUAUCGUUUUCUUCUAUUCUGAGUAUCGCUGGUGUGCCCGCACAGCUGAAAGAGAUCAAGAUUUAUGCAUGUGAGCAAUCAAACUGGCAUUCUGGGACAUUAGUCUUUUUACUUGGGCAACUUCUCUCCAGUAUCCCAUUUGUGUUUCUCAUUUCCAUCUCAUCAAGUCUCGUCUUUUAUUUCCUGGUUGGGCUGAGAGAUCACUUCAGCUUGUUGAUGUACUUUGUGCUCAAUUUCUUUGCGUGUCUUCUAGUAAACGAGGGACUGGUCCUGGUCAUUGCUUCCAUUUGUCAAGACAUCUUCUGGAGCAUCUUAAUAUUGUUGAACGUACAUGUGAUAAUGAUGCUUUCGGCUGGGUAUUUUAGAAUACGAAGUGCUUUGCCCAAACCAGUAUGGAUGUACCCUGUAUCUUAUAUUGCUUUCCACACUUAUGCUGUCCAGGGACUCUUGGAGAAUGAGUACAUUGGAACUUCCUUUGCAGUUGGCCAGGUAAGGACCAUAUCCGGUUAUCAGGCUCUUCGAAAUGUGUACGACAUAUCCCAGGACAGUAACGCCAGGUGGGAAAAUUUACUAGUGUUGUUUCUGAUGGCUGUUGGAUACCGCAUUCUUGUUUUUGUUCUGCUAAAAUUUCGUGUCAGAAAUACCAUAUCUGUGCGUGGAUUUUUGCAGUGUAGUAAAAAAACUAAGAAUCCAAGAUAAAUGAUAUACGCUCAGAAACUUUUGAACUGUAGUUUCUGCUGCUUUUUGCUAUGAUUAACAAAAAAAUUUGAGCUUUUGUGGUCCAUAUUUGUCAUUCUUCUCA